CCUUCAACCCGCCAUGAUGCCCCAACGGGCGGGAAAACCGUCGCUUGCCGACUGUGACCCUGACAGACAGGAAAGCGGAGGGAAAUGGUGCUUUGGAGGGAACACCGACAGGCCCCGCCGCCACCUCGGCUUCCUGCUCAGGCCAAGCGAGAGGCCUUUCCUCCGCGUUAUGUAAUAGGGAGGCGCCGCCAUUGGCCCGGUCCGGGCGCAGCAGCCGCCGCCGCCGCCGCCGGAUGAGGCGUUGGCGGGAGCGGCCUGGCCUGGCUUGGCCUGACUCUCGGCUCUCGGCGGCGGCGGGGAGGGGCGGCGCGUGCGCACUUCGCCGCCGCCGCCGCCGACGGACGGGCAGGGAGACGGACGGCGAGAGAGACUCCGUCCCUCACACACACACACACGGGCUCCUCCAUCCUCACGGGCAGGCGGCGGCAGCUGCUGCUGCUGGGCCGCGCGGAGCCUUCCGUAGCUGUCGACGGACGCCUGGCAGGCGGGACCUCCACAGCCCGGGUAAACGCGGGGGGCGAGGGCAGGGGCUUGGGCGCUGCCGCCGCCAGGCCUCGGGGGCGAGGGAGAGAGGCCGGCAGCCUGUUCGGGGCGGGUUAAGUCUCUUCCACCCGAGCCGGGCGGCGGCCGGAGGCGUUUAUUUGUCAGUCCCGUCCCCCCCUCUCGUGGGGAAGUUUCCCCGUCCCGGGUGGGGGGCUGAAAAAGGUAGAAGAGACCCCUCGUGUUUCUUGCGGGGCUGGACACAUGGCCGCUUCUUUCACGGACGGGAAGUUUUUUUUGGGGGGGGAGGAUUCGGGAACAUUGUGGUUUCCUUAUGGUUUUGCCCUGUGGUGGCAUUUCCCAUUUAUUUGUUUCCCCCGCCUUUAAAAACCCCAAACACGUUUAGGGUGAGGGAAAGGUUUGGAGGGGGGUACUGUUAGGCCCCCGCCGGAAGGUGCUGGGUAUGAUGGGAUUGGGUUGGUUUAUUAUAUUUCUAUGCCACUUUUCGUUCAAAUGAAUCCCAAAGCGGCUUAUAAAUAAUAGUAACAUAAUGGAACACUACACAUAUAAAUCAUGUAGAAUAAUGGCUAUGGGGGUUGACUGUCUGGGUUUGCCUGUUAGAAAGUUGCACUUUCUUACAUAGUGCUGUGAGGUUUUUGAAAUGGGCUUUUCCACCUUAAAAAAACCCCUGACCAGUUUUGCAGUGUUUCCUCUCUUUAGAUGAUCCCCGGCUUCCCCUAGUUAUCCAUGUAACAGGUUUACUGGCAGCACCAAAUUCACCUUGAAAAGGUGAAGUUGGUAAAUGAUAUGAUGUUCGUCUUCAUUGAAGUCAUGAUGAUCUCUCUUGGAAAUAAGUUUUUAGCCAGCUGUAUCAAGGAUAGCUGGACGGAGUGGGAAACCAGGCAUGAAGGUGGUGAGCUCCCCCUUCCUUCCUCCAGUUAGGGUUCUUGCACUUGACUAUGCAAAACAAGAGGAUUUGUAUUGCGUUGGCCACUCUUGGCCUCAUACGCUUUCAUGCCAAACACCAUUCUUGGCACACUUUACUCUUUGUUGUUUCAUUUCUUUCCUUGCCAUCACAUGUUGGAACUGAGUCUGCUGUUCACAUCAACACUUGAAACAGCUUAAAAUCAGGUUGGAAUGCUGUCUCUACGUGUGUUCCUUGGUACAGUAAGGAUUAAAAAUUAUAUAUCAUAAGAGUUUGAUUGAAGCUGAAUGGUAAAUUAAUCUGCGUUGUGCUACGUGUGUAAAACGCAGCUGCUAGUGUCAGACCUGAGAUAUGAAACCUCAUUACCAUUUGUUACUUGGUCACAUGCACUGGUUGUUUUCCGACUUGGACAUUUCCUUCUAGAAAACAAGUUCUUAUGCAAGUGAUAUGCUUGACAGCUUAAUCAGAAUCUUAUUACUCUAUUUUUGUUUCUUUACCUUUUUGUACAUUCAGCUGCAAAGGCCUGUUCAUUUUUUACCCUGGUUUGUCUGAUUAAGUUAAGAAGUGGAAACAAGUCUGCAGUCUCAUGAGUUUGGGAAAACUGCAUGUUAUAUGCCCCGUACCCCAAAUAUAGGAAUAUUGAUGAAGAAGGCAUUUAAUACUGAUAUUCCUGACAUACACAGUUAGAAGGUUACCACAGCAAGAUUAGAUGCACAUGUUUUGUUCUGGGAAUCGGAAUCUGGUUGAAAACAAGGAAGGAUCUGAUAACAUAUGUUGGCUGUGUGCAGUUCCAGAGGAGAAAUUGCUGCCUGCUGUUAUGACAGUGAAAUUCUUUUAGGACUUAGCAGAUUGGAUAUGGUUGAAGUCUCAUGGGUGUGCCUUUACAAUGAACAUCCUGGCCAGCCUCCUUUUUAAAUUCUCAGCUGUCCCAACCAAGAUACCCAUAAGUAUACCCACCAAGGCAUGACAAAACAGUUGCAUGAGUUUUAUUUGGGGAGGAAACCAUCUUGGGAAAUCAGCAACAAGUAUGCAGACCAGUUGAUCCCUACUUUAUUAAUCUUGCCAGGGUAAUAACUUAUUAUUAUGCAUGCACCGUAAGUAAAAUUACGUAUGGUGUGGAGAAAGUGAAUAGAAACUGUUCUUCUCUCAUAUUAUUAAUUACAUUGCAUUUAUAUCCUCCAAGGAACUCAAGGUGGUAUAGAUGGUUCUCUCUAUUUUAUCUUGUCGUUUGCCCUGUGAAGUAGCAAUAUAAUACACACAUAUACACAACUAUCCUUCACUAGCAGCAGUUCAGUAUUAAAAACAAUAAUAACCAGCAACAGUGCAGACAAGGCUUGAUGCAGAAGAAGUUUGUUCUUGUUUUUUGGAAUUAGAAGCUCUAGAGAUCUCACCAAAAAAUAUUUUUGAUCAUGUAGAUAGCAGAUGGGGGAGGAACCCAUGUACAGUACAGUGGUACAUCAGAAGUCGAACAGAAUCCGUUCCGGAAGUCCGUUCAACUUCAAAACAUUUGACCUCCAAAGCAUCGCUUAUGAUUUCGGCUUCUGAAAGAAUGUUCGAAAACCGGAACACUCACUUCCGGUUUUUGAUUGUUCGGGAGCCAUGGUACGACUGUAUUAAAACAUAGAAAAUGUGAAUAUGUAAGGCAGAAGUUUCAGAACCAUAUUUGCAGUCUUAAAAAAUAAUCCCCGAUGCUAAUAAAAUGAGAGAACUUUGCUGUUCAAUUAUAGUAAAACUCUUAAGCUUUUAUCUGGUCACACUGGUUUUAUGGAUUCAGUGUAUGUGGGUUCAGCAUAUGUGAGGUCAUUCUCACUUCCCUGUCACUGUUCUCACUGGGCUGCUUUGGGAGGAAGGGAGGGAUAUAAAUUGAAUAUAUAAUAAUAAAGUUACCCAUCUGUAGUCUGAGAAUAUGUGACCUUUUCUAUAGAGCUGCUCUGUGGUCAGAACACACACAUUGUACAGCAGAGGUAGCUAACCUGUGGGCCUCCAAUUGCUGGAUGACAACUCCUAUCAUCUCUGAUGGUUGGUCAUGCUGGGGGUGGUUCAUAGGAGUUGGAGUAUGACCCACAUGAAUAUAGGUCUCUCUGCCUUUUCCUCAUGAAUCACUUUGCUGGCAUGUGGAUGGAAUGCUCUGAGGAAAAUGAUACAGGAAGAUAAACUGUGUUUGAGGAACUCAGAGACUUGGAAGGAGUAUGUCUCCCUUUUUCUGCUGACCCAGUCACUGAAAUUUGCAGGAGAGUUCUGUCUUGUUCUGAAUUCAAGCCAUCUUCAGUGUGGAGCAGUGGUGUUCAAACUUUUUUCAAAGAGGGCCAGAUUUGAUGAAGUGAAGGCUGUGAGGGCCAACCAAAGUUUUUGACCUUUUUUUAGGAUUGAAGUUAUUGAGGUUUUUUUAGGAUUUUACCCCAGAAAAUAAACUGACACAGAGUGGCCAGGUUAAGUCGACCGCCAGGCCGGAUUAUACCCCCAAAACAGACUUUGGACAUGCCUGGUGUGCAGUUUUUGUCAGUAACUCAAUACAUGCUUAUUCACCUGGGCUUUGGGGUUGUUUUGAAACUGGCCAUUGUUACUUGAUACUGCUCCUGUUAUCAAAAGUUAAUAAUGGCUUUAGUGUACCAUUUUCCUGUUUGCAUGAACAUCCCUUUAUUCGGAACAGCCUUCUAAAAAUCAGUCCCUUUAGCUUGGUAUUGUCAGCACUGUUUGGCAGCAGCGGCUCUCCAGAGUUUGUGGAGACAUCACAAGUUGAGUUUGGGAUUUUUUGCAUGCAAAACAGGCGUUCAACCUCUUGAGGUGCAUAUUUUGAUAAUGGCCAGUUUAUACAGUCAUACCUAGGGAUAAAUAUGCUUCAGGAUAAGUAUUUUCGGGUUGUGCUCCACGGCGACCCGGAAGUAACGAAGUGUGUUACUUCCGGGUUGCGCCGCUCACGCAUGCGCAGACGGUCAAAAUGAUGUCGUGCACAUGCGCGGAAGCGACAAAACGCAACCCGCGGACAUGCUGUUGCGUUUUACGUUCUGCUCAGGAUGCGAACGGGGCUCUGGAACGGCUCCUGUUCGCAUCCCGAGGUACCACUGUUUUUGGAAUAAAUAAUAAACCUAGGAGCAAGCCCAAAAAAGUAUAGGCUGUCAUUCCAUUGCAAAUCUAAUUCUAUAUCAGGAAUAGGGAAUCUGUAGCUCUCCAGAUCUUGUUGAACUACAACUCUCAUCGCCCCUGAACACUGGCAUUGCUGACUGGGGCUGUUGGGAGUACAACAAUAUCAGGAGGAAUGCAGGUUCUACGCCGCUGACUUUAAGAAAAAUAUCAUGGCUGUGAACAGCAUAGAAUAAAAUUAUAGUCAUAAAACAAAUACAAAACAUCACAAAUCAAAAUUAAUAUAUCAACUUUACUGAAUCACUACUUGGGGGAAGCCAGAGUGAACAGGUGAGCUGUAAGCAGGUGCCAACAUGCCGGUACUCUAGGGGGCUGCCUGAUAAUCACUGGAAGCACAAGCCAAAGGGCAGGUGCCACCACACUAAAGCCAGACAUAGCCUAUCCUGGAGGAUGCCAUGGUCAGUGGUACAGAAACCUGCAGAGAUCUCACUCUCCUUGUCUCUCUCAAUUAAAGUAAUCUAUCAGGGUAACAGGCCAAUUCGUCCCAAAACCAUGCCUGAAUUCAGACUGCAAUGGUUCUAGAUAAUUGAUCUCUUCCAAGAAUGUCUCCUGUUGUUCUGCCACUACCCAUGUCAUCUUCAUUUACAACUGGUUGGUAACUAUCACAAACCAUGGAGACCAGUGCGGACUUCUUUAGAGUGGCCAUACCAGCUUCUUUUAAUGCCAAAAUUUAUAUACUGCUUGAUUGUAAGAAAACCUCUAAGCGGUUUAUAAGAAAAUCUCUUACGUAGUUAAUCAAUGAUAAAAUAUUUUCAAUGUCUAAAAGGAUACCCGAUUUUAAAAGCAUUUUUAAUACAGCUGUAUUUGAAAAGUACAAUGACAAACAAAAUCUUAAGAAUAUCCCUCAUCUCUCUCUUUUAUGUCUGUGCCAUACGAUCACAAAGUGUGUAUUUUGCUUCAGAACUAUUUGUACUUGACUUCAGACUAUGCAAACUAAUCAGCUAAAACUCAUAUGAGAAGUUGAUUUUUUUUAAAAAUUGGAUGCUAUGUAUACUAAGCAGUCACGUGAGCCUCAGUAGGACGAAGAGAAGAGAAGAGUUUGGAUUUGAUAACCCGCCUUUCAUUCCCCUUCAGGAGUCUCAAAGCGGCUAACAUUCUCCUUUCCCUUCCUCCCCCACAACAAACACUCUGUGAGGUGAGUGGGGCUGAGAGACUUCAGAGAAGUGUGACUGGCCCAAGGUUACCCAGCAGCUGCAUGUGGAGGAGCAGGGAAGCGAACCCGGUUCCCCAGAUUACGUGACUACCGCUCUUAACCACUACACCACACUGGCAUAUCUUGUAAAAAUUAUGCAGUUAUAUGCAGCUUUCCAUUUUGGGAGGUUUGUUUUGUGUUAGUAUCACAACUUGAUGAUGCUUGCAGGGGAAUAGUUAAAAUUAUCAAGCUGCUAGGACAUACACACACACACACACCUUCAAGAGUACACUGGGAUAACCUAGAUGUCUUGGAGAAGUGUAGGCAGGCUCUGGUUGUCUGUCACUCUUCAGUCUUCUUGGUCUCUUGCAACAAAACACUGUAAAUGCUCUGAAACAGCAUAUUGUGACAGACUCUAGCUUCAUGUUACACACUUGCACAAUGAUACAAGGAGCAAUCAGAAGUAAACCAGAACUGGGUGGAAAUUAUUCUGAGUUCAUGUGUUACCUGGGGAAUGAGCACUGGCUAUAGUGUGGGAAAGAAUUACUAGGUCACUUUUGAUGGCAAACUUAGACAUUAAUGUAAAUCUUGCUCAAUCAUAAAGCUCCCUUGAUAAUAUAGGACCAUAAUGAUACGCUCAACAUAACCUACCCCAUAGAGUUGUUUGAGGAAUAAGAAGGGAUAACAUCAUACCUGCUAUCUAUAAGUACUUGAAGAAAGGGUAGGGCACAAAUCAAGAAUAUCUCUUGGUGUAAAAUAUAAAAAAGAAAGUUUCCCUGCUUUGUAAGCAAAGUGUCCUUGGUAAAUGUGUUCGCUUCUCUGUUUGCCUUGUGAUAUGAAUGUGGGUACAGAGACAUGUAUUUGUAAGGGAGAAUUGGAGUAUUUUUUUAAACAUUCCUGACCAUUUUAACCCAUUGUUUCCAGUAGCAUCUGGGGGGAUUGAUGGUGUAAGACAUUUUUCUUAAUAAGCACCCCCCCUUUUGUGUGUGUGGCUUUUUGUGGCUGGUCAGUUCUUGUCCCUUUAUUUUCAACUACAGUAGUGAGUUCUGAAAUACUAUUAUCCUAGCAUAGCUGACAAAUAACUUCAUAGAGGCUAGAGUUCUCCCAAGUCUAGUUGGAGUAAUAAAGGUGUUGAAUUCCUUGUGUUCUGUGACUGAUUUAUAUCCGUGUGAAUGGAACAAUGUGUACUUAAUCUAAGAGUACCUUGAAACAGUAUAGGGCUGUAAUUGGGCUGUCACCAAAUCAUUGGCUGUCAGGAGCAGGGAAACGCACAGCAGUAAUUAUGUCAGGACACAGGAUAGUUUUGUAAUUUGACCCAGGACUACCAGUUUCAGUAGCAGCCAUGUGUUUCUUCUCAAAUAUAGCACCACCUUCAAUUGCUCUAACUAAAUGGAGGGGUUUGAGCCUGAAUUCUUUCCUCCAAAUUCCUCCUCCUUGUAACAGAAUAAAUAUUCUCUUAGUUGUAAUCUGUGGAACCACUCUUGUCUCAUUUAUGGGAAUAAAUGAUGGGGCACCUAUGCUAGUUGUGAGAAAAGUACCUGGGCAAGUAAUUACAAAAAUAUGCUUUUUCUAGAUGGAGGCUGGCUCUUAAGAAGUGCUUAAAUGCUAUGGCCGCAAUCCUAAACACAGUAGUGAGCAAAUUAUUUUAACUUGAAGCCAUUUAUUUCUGAGCAAAUAUGCCUUAGAUUGCUCAUACGGUUCAGUCUGCUAUAAUGCCUUUUGCACUUAUUUUUAGAUAUGGCUCGUGGACAACAGAAGAUCCAGUCACAGCAGAAGAAUGCCAAAAAGCAAGCUGGAGCAAAGAAGAAACAAGGCCAUGAUCAGAAGGCUGCAGCUAAAGCUGCUCUAAUAUACACCUGCACCGUCUGUAGGGUAAGAGGCUUUGAAAAUGAAGCAUUGUGGCAAUCUUUCCAGGCCCCAAGUUUGACUUGUAUGGAAGAGACAAAUAACAUCUAUGUGUGUUGUGUGCUACAUAUGCACUCUAGAUAGGGAAUUGAUAAUUUGACUCUGGAUUCCCUAUGCUCUUUUUCUUUCAUAUAAUUCCCUAGAAUUCUCUUCUCCAUAGGCAGUACAGUGGUGCCCCGCAAGACGAAUGCCUCGCAAGACGAAAAACUCGCUAGACGAAAGGGUUUUUCGUUUUUUGAGCUGCUUUGCAAGACGAUUUUCCCUAUGGGCUUGCUUCGCAAGACGGAAACAUCUUGCAAGUUUGUUUCCUUUUUCUUAACACCGUUAAUACAGUUGCGACUUGACUUCGAGGAGCAACUCAUAGAACGCGGUGUGGUAGCCUUUUUGAGGUUUUUAAAGACUUUGGUGAUUUUUGAAGCUUUUCCAAAACUUUCCCGACACCGUGCUUCGCAAGACGAAAAAAAUCGCAAGACGACAAAACUCGCGGAACGAAUUAAUUUCGUCUUGCGAGGCACCACUGUACAGAAGAACCUACAUAAAGUUUUAACACACCCUUUGCAUUGUCACCGGCUAUUAUAUCAACUUGUGCCUGUUUGUAUGAGUUCAGUCUCCUACUACUGAUUUCAGUUGUUGGGUAUCCUGUGCUAGCAAGUCAAAAAGGUUACAUGGUAAACACUUGAAUCUUGUAUCAGAUGAAAGUGUAUGUUAUCGGUAGUGCCUAUCAUUUCUGCAACACUUGGGGAAUUGCAUGCGCUUUGCUUCGAAGAGUUGGAGGGUGUGACAGCAUGCACAUGCAGUGUAGUAAAUCAGUAGGUUAAGAGGUGAGGGAGAAGGAAAUGGGAACAUCCUCACUUUGUGGGUUCCUGGGCAAGAGAUUUCUGAUUUUUAUUUAUUUAUAUGCUACCCAGCUAACAGUGUGUCCUCUGGGCAGUUUAACAACAGGCUUCCCUUCAGUGUGAGAGACUCAAGACAGCAUACAGUUGAAAGCAGAUAUAAUAACAUAAUUGAUAAACAAUAGCAAUAAGUAUCCUGCAGAACAGCGUAUGAUAAAAAUGGGCAGGAUGGACAAACAGAUGUGUGCAACGAGGAGUAAAAAAUGGAACAGGUACUGCUUGGAUACGCAACUGAAUAACAGUGCAGGACUUGGUGAAGCAGGGAUUUUGGUCAAAUACUGGGGGAGACUGCUUGUUACAUAGGGACCUGCCUGUUUCUAGACAGUGUUUCUAUACAUUCCCAGUAUUUGGUGAGUGUCUUGCUUGUAAGUUUAGCCUUAUAUUUAGGCACUAGUCUAGUAACCUUUGGUGACCAGGAGUUGCAUGCUGAUAUGGGAGUGGGCUGGCAGGGGUGGUAUGAAUUCUCCCUCAUCUGCACCUACUGUAAAACCCAGGUGAGCUGUUAGAGAAGGUGAGCCCCCUCCCGUAUGCCCAUCACCAAAAGUCGGCUCUUGAUACCUCUCCCCUUUAAUACCCAACAGGCUAUUUUUAAAAUGAUGGCUCCCCAUUUGUGGAAUGCUCUCCCCAGGGAAGCUGUCCUGGCACCUUCAUUACAUAUUUUUAGGCACAAAGGGAAAACAUUGCUCUUCAACCAGGCUCUUUGCUGUUAAACAGUCUAUGGCCUUUGAAAUGUGUUGAGGGAGGGUUAUUUUUUAUUAUUAUAUUAUGCAUGUUGUGUUUUUAUAUUGUAAACUGUCCUGUGAUCUUCAGAUGAAGGGCAGUAUAUAAAUGUAAUAAAUAAUUUGUACUUCCCAACAGGCAAAAAACUAAAGUUAAAACUGAAUUCACUGGUUUCAGGAAGGAAUACCCAUGAAAUACUAGCCAAAUAGCAGGGAGGGAGGGAGCACAAUUUUAUGUACAAUUUGUGAAAAGGGUAAGAAUUGAGUAGGAAUGAGUAGGUAGAACAAAGCAGGGAAGUUAGGAGGUGGCAAAGAAUGAGGAACAGUCCCUCCCAAAAUUUGGCUGCUCUUGAGCCAAAAACCCUAAUGCAGUCCUUUAGGAUUCAGUGAGAAGAAGCUGUAUUUGAGUCUGUUUGGGAUUUUGCCUUGCAUAAAGCUCCAUUCUCUCCUUAAUCAGACACAGAUGCCAGAUCCCAAGACCUUCAAACAGCACUUUGAGAGCAAGCAUCCGAAGACUCCGCUCCCUCCAGAACUGGCAGAUGUUCAGGCGUAAAAGCUCACAGGUGAAUGCUUAGUAUUUAAGUUUUGAAUUAAAUAAAUUUAGUAUAUAUCAUAAGUAAAACUGCAUCAAAUGGAUUUCAUUUACAAUAUAGGUUUUAUGAAAAUUGGGAGCUAACUUAAAGCAUAAACGAGGAUUUUGGUUUUGUUGCUUCUCAUAUUUAGAACUUUAUUUUGAUAUAGCCAGGGCAUUACGUAGCAACUUGGAGAGUUGCCAGAAUUGGCAACAAGUCUGUGAGAAGAUAAAUGUGUGUAAUCUUCUAAUUUUGUUGUGUUUAUCUGUUGCAAGGGUUCAGGGAGGUUCAGUUCAUUUACUUAUGAAAUGACAUUCGAUUGAAUCAUUAGAUGCUAGUAACUCGAUGAGACAAUAAGACUGUAUUUAACAAUAUUACUCUUGUGUUGCAGGUGAAUUCAUGGAACCUAUUGACUCUUCUACUGUCAGACAUUGCAUAACAAACCUGCAGCUGCUUUUCUAACAAACUGUUGAUCAGCAAAAAUGAAGGGGCUAUAGAAACAUUCAUAUUUUUAUGCUGUUCCUCUUGGGCGUCAUGUAAAGAUGAAUCUAUGUAACUGUACAGUUGUGCCCUACUUGGAAAUCUGGAAAUUGGUUCAUUCUUAAAUUUUUUACAGUUGUAAUUAUAUUGAUGUUCAUAUUGUGUAAAAUAACUCAUUUAAUAAAAUAGUACUUUGAUUUUACAAUAUCGCAGGUAAAAUACUUGUAGAAGUUCUGUUUUCAAUACCUGUUUUAUUUGCCUUACGAAAUCCUAACAAGUGGACUUCUCCCACAGCCAAAAACUAAAUGGUGUCAUUUGCUCUUUAACACUUAUUACUGUUGAGUCCACAUUAACUAGAAAAUUCUUUCUCCAUUCGGUAUGCUACUUGCUUUGAGCCUGGUUAUUUUCUAAAACACUUAAUAUCUUUGACCGAAGUAGUGUUUUCUUUCAACUCUGUUUAGUUUGGAGUGCCUGCUCUACUGACCCUUAUGAAAUUUCAUUCUUGUAUAUAAAUGAGCUUUUACCUUAAAUUUAUGCACUGGAGACAAGUGCAGUACCAGUGAAUCCUCAUGCUAGUUGGCAGGCUGGUGGAAGUAUAGUAGAACUGAAGUUUUGUUUUGGUGUGAUCUGAAUGAUCAUAUUCGCUAUAGCAAGUUAAAAUAAUUUAUCUCUGUUGUGAAGUUCCACUGUGGAAACUCUUAAAUGCACCUAUGAGAAGUCAGCCACACUGGCUACAUUAGUGUGUAAAAAAUGACUACUGUAACGGUUUCCUUGUUUGAAAGCAAAUGUUAAAUAAAUCUGUUUCAAAGAACAGGAUGGCACACAAAAUGGAGAUAAUAACUAACGAAAUGGAAAUAAUAACUAGCUGAGCUUUGAUUAGUUGGAACUGAUGAAUGGUAGCAGGAUAGGUGUUACUUUUUUUCCUAUCUUGCAGCAUUGGUUUAUGUCUGGACUAUCCAAAUUUCAUUUUGAACUAGAUUCUAAUGUCAGAUGCAUAGUGCCCAUGUUUUGGAGCUCUGUCUUACUUGCUUUUUACUGGAAAGAACUGCAAAUCCAUUUUAUGUUGGAAGCAGAUGACUGACAUGGGCAUUAUUGCUUUCCCAUUGAUUGGAUAUUUGGAAGGAAAUAUUGACCAACUUCUCUUUGCUUUGUGCCUGGGUCAUUUAAUCUUUUAAACAGUUAAUUCUUUACUUAAGCAUGCCCAUGCAGGUUGCACAUUUGAUACGGAAAGGUAAAUAGCAGUUUGUGCAUUUGUUAACCCGUCUGAUCUAUGCCAUUUAAGUUCAUCUGCCUUUACUAUAGUCAUUCUGGAAUGAAUCUUCACAGUUUUGUAGCUGUCAUUGCAUUGUACCCCUGACAUUAGAAUGUAGCCUUUUGGUUCGUUUUGUUUCCUCACUUGAUAAUUACAGCCUGUUCAUCAUAUGAUAGCUAGGUCCCAGUAGGCAAGAAAUCUGCCUUCCAAACUGCUGUGGUAUGCUUAAAUGUUGAAACUGAGUGCUUUUUAAACUGAAAGACACUUGUUCACUAAUUUUUACUUUUAGUAGACUGUUUUGGGGUGGGGGGUUAAAAAAAACACCACCUUUAAAUAAGUUCAUUGCUAAAGCUGAUACUUGUCAUGUAUUAUUUCAGACCUCAGAGCAGUAAAUAAAAGAGGGUUUUCUUCUAAAUUAUUUGGGAACAAUUAAGCAUAAGUUUCCUACUAGCUGUAGGACAACUGAACCAUUUAUAUGCAGAAUUUGCAUUUUUUUUAAAAAAUGGUUGUCAUCAGUAGCAUUGUGUUUAUGCACUGAGCAAGUUAGAUCUUGAUUUUGUACACUAUACUAAUGCUGUUACCAGCAGAUAAUUUGUUUUCUAAUCAGUUAAAAGCCACCACAGAAUCUUGGAAGGUCAACACACAUGGGAGCUAACAUGCGGGGUGGGGGGAGAGAAAACUGAGGUGGUAGGAACCUUGAAUUCUCUGUGCUGAGUUAAAGAGAUGGGGAUAAAUGUGGAAAAAAAUAUUCUUUCCAAAUCUUGUGGAUGGUACCCUGUUAAUCCUGGAUAAAGACACAAUUGUGCAGUGUAAUGUGUCUGAUUAAAAUCUUUUAAAAAGCAAAAGUGUAAAAUGUGAUAUUUCCUGCCUACUUAAAGCAAGUGUCAUUUUAUUAAAGCUUUGAUGCUAGCUGGGCAGCUUUAGCAAUUUGUUUAGUACAGGGAAUGGAAAUGACAGCAAGCAUUUCACUCAACUCUCUUAAGCACGAAUAACUUGGAUUUGGAAGCACCAAGAUAAGGUAAAGUAGCAUCGCAGCAAAAGUCCUGGUGAAUUGCCAAAAGUGCUUGGCUGUAAUGAACAGAUGUUUGUCUAUUGGUUAAGUCAUACUUGAAAUAAACACGAUACAGGGUUGUAUCCAGCACUGCCAUUAUGCUUAUGCAGUAGACUACUGCACGCACUAUGGAACUUCCCUCUCCUCUGCCAUACAAUCCCCUGCACACCCCCAAAAUCUGUUCUAGAAGUUUUGGGGACCCUAUGGUACAGAUUUGCAGGGUACGUAGAGAGGAGAAGAGCAGAUUCCAUUGCACAAGGUCACUCUAUGCAUGUAGCACUUGAGGCAAACCCAUAAUCUUGGGGGAAAUGUGCUAUUGCCGUCACUCAGUCACAUCAUACAAAAUUGCUCAUAGUCAUACCAAAGUUUCCAGCACUAUAUGCAUGUAGAUUUGCUGAAACAGCAUUCUCUUGUGAAAGAGUGUGAAUACCUAGUCUCUGGAAUGCUGCCUAACCUUGAACUCUGGGCAUUAGCAAGAACCCUUGUGAAACUUACAUGUAUAGUGUCAAAUACUACACUGUCAGGCAGGUUUUGUCUCUUAACAGGCCAGCUGAGCUUUAUAGGUCAUAUCAUAGAAUCAUAGAAUCAUAGAAUCAUAGAGUUGGAAGAGACCACAAGGGCCAUCGAGUCCAACCCCCUGCCAAGCAGGAAACACCAUCAGAGCACUCCUGACAUAUGGUUGUCAAGCCUCUGCUUAAAGACCUCCAAAGAAGGAGACUCAAGUACUGGGUUCUUUCUUCACUCCAGCUACGUGCUAUCUAGGUUCUUUUUUGCCUUGCUAGGAGAACAGUACAGCUGCAGCACUCAGAUGAAAUUGCAUGUCUCGCUGCAGAGAUCUUCAGGGGAUGACUACACAGCAUGCUUGGAAGAUACAGACUUAAUGCACUCAUUCAUUGGGUGGCUCAAGUUACUCUGGUAGCGAUUUGCACAUCAACCAGGUUAUGACUUCCUUAAUGCACGACAGUUUAUAACAUUUGCAAAGGUAAAAUCUAACAUCUAUAUUCUUCAAAAGGGCUGAAAGCUGCCAGGUGUUGGAAUAUAUUUUGGAGGACUGUUGCAAAGUUGAUAGAGCUCAUUGUUUUCUGUUGCUCUGGAGGGGAGAAUUUGAACCAACGACUUCAAAUUACGAGGAGUCGAGUCUGGAUUAAAUCAGUGGAUGAGGACUGGCGGCCUUGAGGGCUGUAUGUUGCACAGGCACACUAUCACAAUAAAUAUUAGGAAGAGCCUCCUGAUGGUACAGAUGGUUAAAACGGUGGAACAGACUGCUUUGGGAGAUGGUGGGCUCUCCUCCAUGACAAGUCCUUAAGCGAAGAGGCUGGGUUUAACCAGAGGAAGCAGUGAUGGCCACCAACCUAGAUGGCUUUAAAAGAGGAUUCAAUAAAUGAAUAGAGGAUUAUCAAGGGCUACUAGCCAUGAUGGCUCUGCUGCACCUCUGCUACUGGUGGGAGUAAUGCUCUUGAAUACCAGUUGCUGGAAGCCACAAGAUGGGCAGGGGGUUCUUGUGUUCACAUUCUGCUUGCAGGAUUCCCACAGGCACCUGAUAGGCCUCUAAGAGCAGAAUGUUGACAUCCUUAUUGGGGAUGCCACCUCUUGGAACUGCUAUAGGAGUGGAGUGCAUGUGGUUGGAAGGAUCAGGUGUUCCCCAAAUGGUCUCUGGACUUCUUGUGGUCCAUGAGUUUUAUUCAGAUAGUCUGCAGCAUGUCAUUAUUAAAUAUUCAUAAAGAUUUUUUUAAAACUGUUUUUGCUGUUUUUUAUUUCUUAUAUUGUUUUUGUAUUGCAAUGCAACUUGAAUUCUAUGAAAUAAAAUAAAACAUAAAAGACAGUAAGGAAAAAAGCAUAUUUUCAGACAGCAUAUUGCACUGCACAUUAUAGUUGCUACAACAGGCAGGAAAAUCAGGAGGGGAAAGUGGGAAUCACUGGACUGGGCAGACUUUGAGGUUCCUUGGAAUUCUAUGUAAAACCUCCACUGUUUAAACUGUGGUUUAAACCCUGUAGCAUCAGUUUGAGAGUCCAUCUAGUCCAGGAUUAUAUUUAAAGAAGAUGUCUUCAGCAAGCACAUAAACAGCUUAUGAAGGCUGCUCUCCCGGCCCAAGAGCACAUGGUAUUCAGAGAUAGACUGGUUCUGACCUUGAAGAACUUCCAUUAGCUCGAUAAAGAUGUUUUUCUAAGACUGCUUCACAGGGUUUGUAUUUGUAACUUACUGUAUGAUUGGAUCAUGUAUGCAUAAUACACAGAAAAUUCUGGCAAACAUAAUUGGGGGUCACAGCAAUUUCAUAAAGCAGCUGACUAUCAUGGCGCAAUAAGGGAUAGCACUCAGAUUAGUGUUCUGUUUUCCAGGAGUGAAUAGUGCGUCCAAUAAUGUAUGCCACGAAUAAACAGAACUGCUGUUCCAAGUGUCAUCUGACCACUCCACAAUAUGUAACCAAUUUUUUGUGAUUAUGAUAAUUGCACACCCAAGACUUAAGAUUUUGCUGACGUAAGCAGUUUCAGCUUGGAAGAUUUCUGUGUUGCUGUAUUCUGUGCAUCCUAACUAAAUUGGAUUGUAUUUGGUUGUUUUCUUAAUGUUCUGUAUUGAAGUUAUAAAAAUUAAUCUGGUU